UGAUGGUGAACCUAUAAAAGGUGAUGGUACUUACGAAGUAUUUAUAAAAAGGAUUCAUAAUGGUGAAAAUGAUAAAAGUAAUAAUUUUUAUACAAUUGACGAUAAAGUUUUAAAAGAAUGGGAAGAAUAUGCUAAAAAAAACAAUGAUAUAAAAUAUAAGAUGGCAUUAGCAGGUUAUUAUAUGAAAGGUCCAAAAGAAAAUUGUAAGGAAGCUAUGUCUUGGUAUAAAAAAGCUGAAAAAUUAGGUUCUCUUGAAGCAAAAUUAUGUUUAGGUUAUAUGCAUUCUAUUGGUAAAUUAUUUUUUGAUCCAACGAGAGCAAAAGGUUUAUUUAAAGAUGUUAUAAAUAAAUUGGAAUACCCUAAGAAUGAUGAAGAAAAAGAAUUAUCUAGAAUUGCCAUGAGAAAUAUGGCUUCAAUAUAUCAUAAUAGCCAUUUAAUAAGACCUUUAGAAGUGAAUAAUCUUACCAAAGUAAAAAAACUAAGUGAUUUAAAACUUAAUAAUUUAGCUAAAAUUAAAUUAAAAAGAGCUUUUAAGUGGUAUAAAAAAUCUUUUGACUUAUAUGAUAGUCAAUCCGCUUAUAAUCUUGGUUUACUUUAUGAAAGUGAUGAUGGUAUUAAAAAGGAUGAAAAACAGGCUGAAUAUUAUUUUAGGAAGGCUAUUGAAUUUAGUAAUAAUAAUGAUAUUUUCGCCAAGAAAAAAUUAGGAAAUAUUUUAUUUAAUAAAGAAGAUGAGAAUGAAAAAGAUGAAGGGCUUAGAUUAUUGAUGGAAGUUGAAAGUACACAGUGAAAUUCGAUAAACCG